GCUUAUCCUGUUCUAUAAUUUUCGAUGGUGGUCUGGUGCACAGAUUUUGUAUCACCGAGAGUUCACAAAUUCAAAAGAAUUUUGGCUGCCACUAUAACUUUGAAUUAUUUCGAUUGACAAAUGAACACAUCCACUUAUGGAAUUUAUUGCCAAACAACCAAAUGGGAAAAGAAAUUCAAUAGAAUUUUACAUUAUAGCAAACAAGAAAUAAUUUAUUUUCAAUUUUACUUUAUAGGUUUACAGAAAAAAAACUGCGCAACAAAAAGAUUAAGCCACUAUCAUCUGUCUAAUUCUAAUAGGGAAAACGUUUGGGAGAGCACCCAUGGCUGUAGCGUCGACUGCUGUCAACAUACAGGAGAUUUUCAAACAGCACCAAGUUGUGCCGGACGUUAUACCUUCGGCGCCAAAGAAUUUUCUAAAGGUCACCUACAAAGGUGUGGUGGCAGAAAAUGGCAUUGAACUAACACCCACACAAGUGGCCACACCACCGACGGUAGAAUGGGAUGCGGAAAGUGAUGCCUUUUAUUUGCUCGUAAUGACUGAUCCAGAUGCACCCAGCCGCAAGGACCCGAGAUUUCGUGAAUUUCAUCACUGGCUGGUUGCCAAUAUACCAGGCGCAGAAAUAAGCAAAGGAGAUGUGUUGACCGCUUAUGUGGGUUCUGGGCCGCCCAAGGGAACAGGACUGCAUCGUUAUGUCUUCUUAAUUUACAAACAACCAACUAAAAUACGAUUUCAAGAACCGCGCAUACCAAAAAACAGCAGUCAAAAUCGGCCAAAUUUUAGUGUAGCAAAAUUUGCAAAGAAACACAAAUUGGGUGAUCCAAUUGGUGGUAAUUUUUUUCAAGCGGAAUGGGAUGAGUAUGUGCCGACAGUGCACAAACAAUUAGCGGGCAAGAAGUGAUGAGGUUUAAAAAUGAUUAUUUCUGAAGUAAACUGCAUCCUUCCCAAACAA